CUCUAGAGCUAGUGGCUUAUUGUCGUUCCUAAAGUAACACAGCGGUAUUAGGACUGCCAAGGAAAACUUUCCAUCUACUUUAUUCAGAUUCCGCUUAAAGAGCGGUGCUGUCUACCUUGCUGACUAACUAACUUUCUUGUGUUAAAAUCUGGGAUUGACGGUUAACUGCAUCCGUUUUUUGUUUUUUUUGAGCGGCUUUCUGAGAUUUUGUGAGCAGAUUGUCCGGCUGGAUUCAAUAAGUCAAUUUCUUUUUUAUGUCCAUCUAUUAGCGUGUUUUCCCUCGUCAACAGCUGACUGGACGUCAUCGCAGCGUAUUCUCGCCAUGUCCUCCGGGAAUGGGUCGGAGCAGAGCCGGCGUUUCAGCGUGUUAUCCUGGGAGCAGGUGCAGCGUCUCGACUCGAUUCUUGGGGAGACGAUCCCAAUUCAUGGAAGGGGUAACUUCCCCACUUUGUCCGUGCAGCCUCGACAGAUUGUACAGGUUGUUCGAAAUCGUCUGGAGCAGAAAGGGAUCCAUGUCCGUGACGUGAAGCUGAAUGGGUCUGCAGCCAGCCAUGUCCUUCAUCACGACAGUGGCCUUGGGUACAAGGACUUGGACUUGAUCUUUGGCUUAGAGCUGCAAACUGAUAAGGUUUUUCGCCUGGUCAAGGAUGUGGUGCUGGACUGUCUGCUAGAUUUCCUUCCUCCGGGUGUUAACAAAGACCGCAUCACUCCCCUGACUCUAAAAGAGGCCUAUGUGCAAAAGUUAGUAAAGGUAUGCAAUGAGACCGAUCGAUGGAGCCUCAUCUCCCUUUCAAAUAACACUGGCAAGAAUGUGGAGCUGAAGUUUGUGGACUCGCUACGGCGGCAGUUUGAGUUCAGCGUAGACUCUUUUCAGAUAACCUUGGACUCCCUUUUGUUGUUUGACAAAUGUUCGGAGACCCCCAUGUCUGAAAACUUUCAUCCCACUGUUCUGGGGGAGAGUAUGUACGGAGACUUUGAAGAAGCCGUAGACCAUUUACGCAAAAGAAUCAUUGCGACUCGCAGCCCUGAGGAAAUCCGCGGUGGGGGGCUUCUUAAGUACUGUAACCUGUUGGUCAGAGGCUUUCGGCCCUGCUCAGAGGCAGAGAUGAAGUCUCUUCAGAGGUACAUGUGCUCACGCUUCUUCAUAGACUUUUCGGACAUUGCAGAGCAGCAACGGAAACUUGAGGCCUACCUGCAGAAUCACUUUGUGGGGAUGGAACACAAGCGAUAUGACUGCCUAGUGACACUGCACAGUGUGGUCAAUGAGAGCACAGUGUGUCUAAUGGGUCACGAGAGGAGACAAACUCUAAAUCUUAUUGCUAUGUUGGCUUUGAGAGUCCUGGCAGAGCAGAACGUUAUCCCCACUGUGACUAAUGUGACCUGUUACUACCAGCCUGCACCCUACGUCAGAGACAUUAAUUUCAACAAUUAUUACAUUGCCCACGUCCAGCCUCUCUUGCCGCCAUGCACCAACUCUUAUCAGACAUGGCUGCCUUGUAACUGAAAUAACUGUGGUGGGUUGAGCUAGCAUUCUGCAGGUUGGGGAAUGAGUAUCAAAGCACAAAAUGGAAUUAAAAAAAACAAAAGAAAAAAAAAAA